AAGUUAAGCUAAUUGUUCCGUUUAUAAUCCUCUGGAACUUCCCCGUCUAAUAAAUAUGACUAACUUAAACUAGCUUAAAUAUACGAUCUUCAACCUCUUGUCCUGCAUGUUUUAGAAUUUCAAUGAAUACUUGUAACUGUUCACGCUAACAGUGAAGUGAGGGGAAGCGGUAAUGGUGAGCUGUUUUGUGCUUGAUUUGUUUUGUAUACAACCGAUAUGAACGAAUUUCGCGAACUUCAUAUGUAUAUGUAUUUUAUUCAUUUUGAUUCGAUGUAUUGAGAUCACUCACUUACCAGCUUUAGACAAAGAAGCAUGUUUUAUAAAUCCAAGCCAAAUUAUAAACCUUUAAUUGUGUUAAAUGUAGUUUUGUUGUGUUCAAUAAUAAAAAGUGAUUAAAAAAGUUCUGUUGUACUCUAUUCGCAACAUAAAUUCUGGUCCUUCGAGUAGGAUAAGCAAUCAACACAAUCACCAUUCAAGAAAAAUCAGGUCAGUGUCCAUCCUAUUUUUUAUCUGAUCCCUUUAUUUUGCAUGCUUGAUUUGGGUACAAUUUCAUUUCAAAAAUGACCGAACAAAAGGAAACGCUUACCAAAUUAGUAAAUGCACGUUCAAAAAUUAUUGCUGAUUUGGAUCGAUUUACGGUUGCUUUUGAAAAACUAUCGGCAACUACACCUCCAGAUACGACUCAGAUUGAACUUCGUUUGUCCAAAGCGGAGUCGCUCUUGGACGACUUUAAUAACAUACAAACCGAAAUUGAGGACAAUGAUUCCGUAUUAACUUUGAAAGAGCAUGGAAUUGAACGUUCUCGAUUUGAAGACUCUUAUUUUGAUAUUAUUUCGCGGGCGAGGCGAUUUUUGUCAAAUCAAUUACAAAAACUUGAUCCGAUUAGCGAUACCAAGUUAUCAGACGCGGUUUCAGCCAUUAUGGGGUCUAACACCAAUAUAAAGUUACCUCCGAUACCAUUGCCGACGUUUGAUGGAAACUAUGAGCAGUGGCUUUUUUAUAAAGACACGUUUAUCUCGCUCAUUCAUUCAAAUGAGUCCAUUCCCGCGGUACAAAAAUUCCACUAUCUGAGACUUUCGUUGAAGGGUCAAGCGGCUGAUUUAUUAAAGUCUUUGGAGUGUUCGGCGGCCAACUACGCGGUAGCAUGGUCAUUAGUUGUUCAACGCUAUGAAAAUACGGAAAUGCUCAUAAGAAAUCACAUCAAAGCAAUAUUUGAUAUUGAAACAAUCACAAAAGAAUCUCAUUCGGGUUUGCGGGGACUGGUUGAUGGGAUAACGCGUCAUAUUCGCGCGUUGGAGGCUCUUGAUCAACCGGUGGAUUCGUGGGACGUUUUGCUAAUUCAUAUCGUCUCAACAAAGCUAGAUCGUGUUUCUCGUCGAGAAUGGGAAACAGAAUACAACAAACUGAUUUCGUCAAAGGAGAAAGUAACUAUGGAGACAUUUUCAAAUUUCUUGCUUGAAAAAUGUAAAUUACUCGAGACUUUGGGUCUAAAUAACGAAAACAAGGUAGACAAUAAGUCAAGGCUUGUUAAAGUCCAUUCGUCUGUCAAUGAAUCACGUGGUCCAGUCUGUUCAUAUUGCAAUAAGAAUCAUACGGUCUACAAUUGCAAAGAAUUUUUGGCUCUCGAUGUUGAAAAAAGAAUAAUUGAAGCAAAACGUUUAAAAUUUUGUUUGAAUUGUUUAAGAAAAAAUCAUGCGACUGAAAAAUGUAAGUCUUCAUCGUGCCGCAAAUGCGAAGGUCAUCACAAUUCAUUACUUCACGCGGACGCGAUUGCUAAAACAAAAAGCAAUUCUGUCGCCACUGAAAAUAAACAAAUAACUGGUAACAUUCCAAACAAUACUGCGUCUGUUAAUAACAACCCGGACAAAGAAAGUCAAGAAACGAUUACUAACACUUGCAACACGGUUUCUUUUAAUAGCGUACUUUUAUCUACCGCAUUGGUACACGUUUUUGAUAACAAGGGUAACUCUCAUCAAUGUAGAGUACUACUUGACAGCGGAAGUCAAUCCGAAUUUAUAUCUGCUAGUUUAUGUAAAACGCUCGGAUUACCUUUAUCAAAAAUUGAUCUCUCUAUUUCGUGUGUUGGUCAAAACAAGGCCAAGGUUUUACAUAGGGCUCGUGUUAAACUGCAGGCUAGACACAGUGCUUUUCAACUCGAUUUAAAUUGCCUAGUAUUGCCCAAAAUAACUUCCAACUUGCCGGUCUCUUCUGUUGAUAUGGAUCAUAUAAACAUUCCACCGAAUCUGUUUUUGGCUGAUCCUACUUUCAAUGAAAGUGGUCCAAUUGACAUAUUAAUCGGUGCCAGACAUUUUUGGGGCCUUUUGGACAUAGGUCAAAUAAAGUUGGGCAGCGAUCGUCCAACUCUCCAGAAGACUCACUUGGGUUGGAUUAUUUCAGGAAGCAUUUCUCCUUCGAAAUAUAUUGAGUCUCGGAGUAUCAUCUCUUGUAAUUUUGCUCAGUCAAAUACCUUAGACAUCCAACUAAGAAAAUUCUGGGAAAUUGACGAGAAUCAUUCUGAAAAACUCUUAUCUCCCGAAGAACAGGCUUGUGAAAAAUCGUUUGAAGUUAACACGGUACGGGACUCUUCCGGACGGUUUUUAGUCACUCUCCCAUUAAAAUAUCCUCCGACAAUUCUCGGUGAUUCACUUGAAUUAGCCACCAAACGUUUUCUACUUUUAGAGAGGAAACUUCAUAAAAAUCCCGAUCUGUUUGCUGAAUACUCGAGAUUUCUCGAAGAAUACGAAUCUUUGAACCACAUGACUAAAAUCGAUUUUGAUUCAAUCAAUCCAAACAAAUCCUAUUUUCUACCGCAUCAUGCUGUGAUGAAAGAAUCCAGUACAACAACCAAAUUGCGGGUAGUCUUUGACGGCUCGGCAAAGACCACUUCAGGCCAUUCAUUAAAUGACAUUUUGAUGGUUGGACCUAAUGUCCAGGAAGAUUUGCUUUCCAUUCUCAUUCGUUUCAGAAAACACAGUAUCGUUCUCACUGGUGAUAUAGAAAAAAUGUAUCGUCAGGUUCUAGUUCAAGAAGACCAACGAAAUUUGCAAAUCAUUUUGUGGCGUUCUAAUCCUUCUUCAAAAAUUCAAUAUUUCCGCUUAAACACUCUCACAUAUGGUACGGCUUCUGCUUCUUACCUUUCCACUAGAUGUAUCAAAGAGUUAGCAAAUAUAUACGCUGAUAGUAAUCCAAAGGUUAGCGCGACAAUAUAUAAAGACUUUUACGUCGAUGACCUGGUCACUGGUGGUCAAACGGUCGAAGAAGUCCAGCAAAUCAAGAGUGAGAUCACAGACAUAUUAAAUUCAGGCGGAUUCCAUUUAAGAAAGUUUUUAUCUAACAAUUCUCAAAUUAUUUCCGAUAAUCGUCAUACAGGAGAUAUGACUCAUCAAUUCAAACACUCACAAGAGGCAAAAACUCUGGGUCUUUUGUGGGACUCCGACCAAGACAUUUUGCGUUAUUCGAUUACGGCUUCAGAUAAACACUCUGUUUCAAAGCGAACAAUUCUAUCAUAUAUUUCCCAAAUAUUUGAUCCUUUGGGUCUUUUAGCACCCACAGUUAUAAUUGCAAAAAUCAUUAUUCAAAAACUUUGGGUCUGUAAACUUGACUGGGAUGAAUCUAUCCCUGCGGAUUUGUACACAACAUGGAAGCGAUUUCAAAGUGAUCUGCAUUCACUUAACAAUUUAAAAAUUCCUAGACACAUUUUGUGUAACUUUCCGACUAAAAUUGAAAUACAUUCGUUUUCUGACGCAAGCGAGUCGGCAUAUGGCGCGUGUAUUUAUGCAAGAUCCAUUGAUAGCUGUGAAAAUGUACGCGUACAAUUACUAUGUGCCAAGACUCGUGUUGCGCCUCUUAAAACAAUUACCAUCCCAAAACUAGAGUUUUGCGCUGCACUAUUAAGCGCUGAACUUACCCAAAAGGUUAAAACUGCUUUGAACACAAAAAUUGACGCUUGCCACCAUUGGAGUGACUCAACCAUAACUCUUGCAUGGAUACGAUCCUCACCACACUUAUGGAAGAUUUUUGUGUCCAACCGAGUGGCUCAAAUUCAAUCAUUAACAGAUGUCCAUUCGUGGUGUUAUGUUAACACUAAUGAAAAUCCUGCUGACUUGUUAUCAAGGGGAUUAUUGCCAUCAGAUCUUCUUCAUAAUGAUUUGUGGUGGUACGGCCCUUCUUGGCUUUCGAAACCAAAGGAAUGUUGGCCAGUAAAUCCAGAAUCAACAGAAAACUUGCCUGAUGAGAAUCUUCCUGAAUCUCGCUCAAAGUUAAUUUCUUUGGCUUCCACAAUUCCCUCUUAUGAUUUCGAUCUAAUUGAGAAGUCCUCGAAUUUAAAUAAGCUCAUCAGAACAACAGCUUAUUGUCUAAGGUUUUUUAGAAAUUUAAAACUUUCCAAAGUGGGAGAAACUCUAUGUUCCGGCAUUCUUACGGUUGAAGAAUUGAAUGUGGCAUUGUACACCCUUGUAAAACUAGUUCAAUCACAAACAUUUGCCCAGGAAAUUAGUGACUUAUCUGUUUCCAAUGAAGUCAAUUCCAAAAGUAAACUGUUGAAACUGAAUCCUUUUAUUGAUUCUGAAGGUAUUUUGAGAGUAGGAGGAAGGAUUAAGCACUCGAACUUUUCGUAUGAGAAAAAAUUCCCUGCCAUUCUACCGAUCAGGGGAAAACUUUCCCUACUUAUUGUCCAAAGGGAACACAUUCGACUCCUACACGCAGGUCCUCAAAACCUACUUGCAUCUAUUCGGGAUCGGUUUUGGAUCUUAUCGGGUCGAAAUCUAGUUAGAAAGGUUGUCAGGAAUUGUACGCGUUGUUUUAGAUUUGAUGCUACAGCUGUAAAAUACAGAAUGGGUGAUCUACCGGCUGCACGGGUAACGCCUGCGCGACCAUUCAUGAAUUCUGGAGUUGAUUUUUGUGGUCCUUUCAAUAUCAAAGACAGAAUGACGAGAAAUUAUAAGUUGAUUAAGGCUUACAUAUGCGUUUUUGUUUGUCUUAGCACAAGGGCCAUGCACCUGGAAUUGGUCACCGAUCUUUCGACGGCUUCUUUUUUGGCUGCUUUACGUAGGCUUUUUUCACGGCGUGGUAUCUGUGCUAACAUUUAUAGCGACAAUGGUUCUACAUUUGUUGGAGCUAACAAUGAAAUCAAAAAAUUUCUUAGGUCAAGCGAAUCAGAAAUUCAGUCUGAGUUGUCAUCUAAUAAUGUCAAAUGGCAUUUUAUCCCUCCUAGGGCUCCGAAUUUCGGGGGUCUUUGGGAGGCCGGAGUCAAAUCGACAAAGUCUCACCUUAAACGCGUUUUGUCAAAUACGAUUCUAAAUUAUGAAGAAUUUAUAACGGUUUUGUCCCAGAUCGAGGCAUGUCUAAAUUCCAGACCAUUAAGCCCUUUGAGUCCUGAUCCUAAUGAUCCGGAACCUCUAACACCCGGGCACUUUCUGAUCGGGACCAAGCUAACAACACUACCAGAACAGGAUAUGACUGACGUCCCUUCCAAUCGACUUUCAAGAUACCAAUUAACACAAAAGCUGGUACAGCAUUUUUGGAAGAGAUGGUCCAAGGAGGUCAUUUCGGAAAUGCAGCAACGUAUUAAAUGGCAUAAGAAUUUUGGCCAGUCCCUUAGACCUGGGGUUGUUGUAAUGGUCAAGGAAGAUAAUUUGCCACCGCUACAAUGGAAGUUGGCUGUAGUAGAUUCCGUUCAUCCUGGUUCGGAUGGAAUUGUACGAGCAGCAACUCUUAGGACAUCUUCUUCUAUCAUCAAGAGACCAGCCAACAAAUUGUGCAUUCUGCCUAUCAACGAACAAGAUGGAAGCGAUAUUGCCGCCUAAUGGACGCCAAGGGGGGCGAUAUGUUCACGCUAACAGUGAAGUGAGGGGAAGCGGUAAUGGUUUGGUGGUGAUUCAAUGCACUUUGCAAAAAUAAAAUAACCAAAAGAAACACAAUGGAAAUAUAAUAAAUUUAAUUAACAAUAGCGGAAAAAAGAAGUGGAAUAGUUGAAUAACAGAUCAGAAGUGUUUGUAGUUUUGAAAAUAAAUUUUAACGAAUACGGAAGAGAAUGAAACUUGGAAAGAGUGAUUAGAUGAAAUACUAAGAAACAGAUUUUACCUCAAUGUACCAAGAAACCCAAUAUUAAAAUGCAAUUAAGAAGCAACAAGUGUUAGAAAAAAACUCUCCUCUAAGUUAAAAAUCUUUAUUUUUCAAGUGGCCUACAAGGUGUCUGUGCAUAAACUGUCUCACCAGUAAAACAUAUAUCAGUCAAGUAUUUCACGACUUCCCGACCGUAAGAUUACAUUUCUUAAAGUCAAAACACAAUAAAUACUAUUUCAUGGCCAACUCCGCACUAAUAUUUCCAGAUGAAUC